AACCUCAAUGUCAGUGUGUGAAUUUCACAUCUACACCCACACCAGAUCACAGAUAGAGCUCAAUGGACAAGGCGUAUACAAUACAGUCGAAUGUUAAAUAGAAAACGGAUUAAUAGUGUAUAAAUAAAAAGACAAAUUACAUAGUGUUGACUACAAAAUGGUUAAAAAUAUUACGAAAAUUACUGAUAUCUCGUGGAGAUUUGGUGUGACUGCAGCAAGCAAUGAAUCCGAUAACAUGGGAAAAUCAUUUUUACAAUUGAAGUUGAAUUUAGAAGAAAAUGGUAAAAUUCAAAAUGUUUUCGUAGAAAUGACAAUAAAUGAAUUUUAUAAAUUUCUGCAUGCUCUAGAGAAAGCAAAAUGUAAUCUUGACUUAUUACUUUGAAUAUUAAUGCUCCAAUAUAAUUAUAAGGUAGCGAUAGUAUCUUAAUACAAUUUAUUGUCUAUAUAUCUCUAUACAGUAUCAUUGUAUAUUUCAAAAAUAUAAGAUACAUAUUACGUUAGUAUUGUAAACAAAAUAAUAUAAUCAAGUUGUGAUAAUUGACAAAUGUAAGAAGGGAUUGAUUAUAACAAGGACUCCUUUGUAUAUAUAAGUAGUUCAUGAAAAAUGAUGUAAUAUAAAAGCAUUAUGGGGUUGUAAAA